ACCGACCCUGCAGCCAGAGCUCCCACCUCCAAGCCCUCCACUUCCUCGCCGCCCUGCAACUCCCUCACGCCCGGUCCCGGUCCCAGCUCGGCCGCCCUGCUCCGACAGCCGUGGGCCAGGGCCAAUGAGCGGGUCUCUCCUCGUGCAGCUCUCCGCAGCCCGCUGAGCGUGUCCAGCCCCUACACGUCCUCCUUUGGGAUGGUGCCUCACGCCACCCUCAACGGGGAGCUCCCAGCCCCCAGCAUGUACAUGGGCAUCCACCUCUCGCCGCAGGUCAGCAGCGCUGUGAUGUAUGGCCGGUCCCCGAUGGUGGCUUUUGAGUCGCACCCUCACCUGAGGGCUUCCACCAUCCCUGGAGGGAAACCUGCCUACUCCUUCCACGUCAGCGCUGACGGGCAGAUGCAGCCGGUCCCUUUCCCACCCGACGCCCUCAUUGGCUCCCGCAUCACCCCCCGCCACGCGCGGCAGCUCCACACCCUGACCCACGGCGAGGUGGUCUGCGCUGUCACCAUCAGCAGCUCCACACAGCACGUCUACACCGGGGGCAAGGGCUGUGUGAAGGUGUGGGACGUGGGGCAGCCGGGCGCCAAGACGGCCGUGGCUCAGCUCGACUGCCUGAACCGUGACAACUACAUCCGCUCCUGUAAGCUGCUCCCUGACGGCCGGAGCCUGAUCGUGGGGGGGGAGGCCAGCACCCUCUCCAUCUGGGACCUGGCAGCCCCCACCCCCCGCCUCAAGUCCGAGCCCCCCUCCUCUGCCCCCGCCUGCUACGCCCUGGCCAUCAGCCCUGACGCCAAAGUCUGCUUCUCCUGCUGCAGCGACGGCAACAUCGUGGUGUGGGACCUGCAGAACCAGACCCUGGUCAGGCAGUUUCAAGGCCACACGGAUGGUGCCAGCUGCAUUGACAUCUCUAACUACGGCACCAAGCUGUGGACGGGGGGGCUGGACAACACGGUGCGGUGCUGGGACCUGCGGGAAGGGCGUCAGCUGCAGCAGCACGACUUCAGCUCUCAGAUCUUCUCCCUGGGCUACUGCCCGACAGGAGAGUGGCUGGCGGUGGGCAUGGAGAGCAGCAACGUGGAGAUCCUGCACGUGACCAAACCGGACAAGUACCAGCUGCACCUCCACGAGAGCUGUGUCCUCUCCCUCAAAUUUGCCUCCUGCGGGAAGUGGUUCGUGAGCACGGGGAAGGACAACCUGCUGAACGUGUGCGCAGCCACUGGGGCCUCCUCUCUCCAGUCGAAGGAAACGUCCUCUGUCCUCAGCUGUGAUGUCUCCACGGAUGACCAGUUCAUUGUGACUGGCUCAGGGGACAAGAAAGCUACAGUUUACGAGGUCAUUUAUUGA